AUGGCCGACUUUACAGUAAAACUUCACGACGCACAGAGAGAUCUGGAUGACAACAGCCGUAUUGAUCAGCAUGACCUUGCUCUGGCGUCCUAUAUGAGCAGCCUUGCACUCGAGCUAAAGAAGCACUAUAACGAUGUGUCAGGAGACGAGCAGACGCUUGAAGAAGCCGCAGACAUGGCUGAAAGGGCAACGCUUAUUGCGUCGGAUCAGGAUCCCGACCUACCCCGCUACUACAACGACCUUGGUCUGAUACGCUGGGAUCUGUAUUACCACACAGGAUUCUUUGACACACUGACCUCUGCUAUAAGCGCGGCACGCCAGGCUAUAGAGCGAGUACCCGAAGAUUCCCAGGAACGAUUGCGAUACCUCGACAAUCUAUCUUACAUGUUACUUGACGAAUUCAAGGCAUGUAAGGAUUACAAGGUCUUAAGGGAGUCUCUGGAGACUGUGCGAGAGGUUGCCCAACUUUGCCCGUACAAUCAUCCAGACAGAUUGGAAUAUGUAGACAAUUACGGCCGGGCUCUAGUCGAACUAUCCAUUCGGACGGACUCCGUCGAUGAUCUGGAGCAGGGUUUAGGACAAGUGAGACGCCUUGUCAAUGGCAUUCCAGACGAUCACCCUUGCAGAGCCCAGUGCCUCUCCACUCUUGCAUCAAUGCUUUGGGUUCAGUAUGGUUUCAGAAGAGGAAAGGCCAUGGGGGAAGAAUUCGAGAUGGGAGGAACUUGGGUUCAUUGGAACCAGCCGCAUGUCUGCUCCGAGAUAUAUCGCUACAAUCUUCAAGGCAACCUAAAAACAUCAGCCGGGACGGUCGACGCCAAAUCCACCUUGUAUGCAGCGGCUUUUUCAGAACCCAGCAAUCUUGACGGCAAGGAAACAGCCGCAGCGGUUCAGAGAGCUGCAGACGCGUUCUUCGCCAUCGAUGGCCUAACCAGUCGUGAUUUGAUGCGACAGCCAGCACUCUGGACGAAAUACGAUCAUCUUUCUGCCAAGGACCGUCUGGACCAGCUCGACAUUCCUCAAAUUGAGAAGGACUUGUUCGAUGGCAUGAUAAGCUCCUUUGGAUCAGUGCCCGGAUCGCAGUGCGGAUUCACUGAAGUCUUGCGCUGGUAUGCGCUGGGCGGUCACUCUAUGGCUGGUGUCUUUGAACAUGCAGGUAUCUUCAAGUUAGGCAAGGGAGGCAUGACGUCACUGGCGCUGUCUAUCUUAUCUGAAUAUCGCGGUCGUUUACUUUUCGAGACUACAAUCGACGCGGUCAAGCAAGAUAAGAACAGCGUUACCUUGAAUUCAAAGAAUGGCCGGACUGUUAAAGCUCGUUAUGUCAUCUCAACAAUACCUUUGAAUUGCUUGGCAGACGUCACCUUUAGUCCCCCACUCUCGCCCUUGCGUCAAGAGGCUGUCAAUGCUGGACACAUCAACCAAGGCGCCAAGAUCCACUUCAAAAUGAGAGAAACUGAAGAUGGCUGGUUCUCAAUGGCAAGUGGCUACGGAGCAUCACCAUGGUGCUUUGCAUUCUCCGACCACAACGGUACCAUUAACCAAAAUGGUACAUACUGUAUUGGCUUUGGCUAUGGUGGUCAUCUUACAGAUCCGCGCGCCAACUCCGAUAUCAUUUCUAGUUUCAACGCCCAUCUGAAGCCAGAUGCAGAUGUUGAAGCAUAUCUUACGCACGACUGGAUGAACGAUAGUCUUGCGAAGGGCACUUGGAGCUGUUGGGGACCUGACUCUAUGAGCAAGUGGUUCAGCGAGCUUCAGAAACCACAUGGACGGGUCUUGUUUGCUAGCGCUGACUGGGCGAAUGGAUGGAGGGGGUUUAUUGAUGGUGCGAUUGAGAGAGGCGUGACUGCAGCUGUAACUGCAGCCCAACUAUUGUCGCAAGAUGGAAUCAGUUCUCACCUUUAG